AGCAUACUCUAAUAUAUAAACUGUAAGUUUCUGAUCAAUGAACAUUCGGUUUAGAAACGGUGAGAAAUCCAGUAUACACGUAAGAUACAAAUAUAUUGAAUGUACAGACAACAUUGAAAUAAAUCCAGUGACGUCUGUACAGAGAACAUAGAAAUAAAUCCAGUGACGUCUGUACAGAGAACAUAGAAAUAAAUCCAGUGACGUCUGCUAUUGCUUGAUGGGGUUCAGGGAGUUGUUCCACUCCCAGAGCCCGGCUCGAGGCCAGGCUUCACGUAUCAAUGAACAUUUUCGCACGGGGGUUACGGCUCAAUAAAUGUUUGAAGGUGGCGUUAUAUUUAGUGGCUGAGUGCAACAGGUACACCUCUUGGUUAUAUCACCUGUGUGACAAUAGUGAGAGAGAGUGAGUGACCUCACAAGCCUCCUCAUCGACCCACUUGACCACAGGCAGAGCAGAGAGCCUUAUGGACUGUACUUUUAAGAGGAAAGAGCGCCCUGCUUCCCGUACUCCCUUAUGUGAUCCAGCGGCAAUUUUGUCAUCCUAGGCUCGUCUACUUUGGGGUUUUAUGGCGGCCCCAGGCGAGAGUCGCAUCCCGACGGUGCGACGGUCGGCCCUACCCCGGCCCACCUCGGUCACACCGACCCAUCUCCAGCUGGGACCCUUACAUUACAAACCUGGCCCUGAUGCGCUUGCCCUAGUCCAGACCUCACCUGCCUUUGACACCUCCAGGGACAUUAUAACCAGCCCCACACACCUUCAGGGAAGCACCUUCCAUCACCCGCAGGCCCCAGCGCCGCGGGUCAGAAUAUCGUCGGCUAAAGUCGCUCGUUUGGGUGAGAGCGAGCUGCCGGGGUCAACCCAGAGCCACUGUACACAGCGGUCAAGCUCCAGUGGCAGCCGCCUCAACUUCCAAUUCACCUCUGGUGACAUUUGGCCUGAUGAAAAGCGCUUAUGGAACAGAGACUGCCACGAGAGCGGCUUCAGAGGGCUGAAAGCGUCGACAGAAUCUGCCUUUUCCAGACAAUUGGCUAAGGUCACACGAGGCUCCAACGAAGACGUGAGUGAAUCUUGUAUUACCUACCGUGUGUCCAGUAUACGUGGUCCUCGAUCUUGCUGGGACGGUCCCAUUCACUCCUUAUCGGCGUGUGAACCUACAGCAACUCAUCUGACCAAGGAGUGUGUCGGCAGACGAGUCGUCGUAGGUGGCGCCGAACAUGGAACUCUUCGCUACUUUGGCAGGACAGCCUUCGCUACAGGCGAAUGGUGCGGGGUAGAGCUGGAGCGGGCAGUGGGGAAGAAUGACGGCUCCGUAGACAGUGUUAUCUAUUUUUCCUGUCGGCCUGGCUAUGGUAUCUUCGCACCUGCCGGUAAGGUUUUCUUAGACCUCGAUUAUAUUGGAGAUGAUGAUGCUUUAUCCAUAAACGUGCGGAACAGCAGUCAAAGUUCGAUCUGGCAAGGCUUAAUGCCGUCCUCAACCCAUUCUCAGGAAACAAACCCAACAAGGCGCCGGCCAUCUGACGCCUCGAAUGCCACCUUUACCAUCGAAGGACGUGACUCUUCUCUUCCAACUUCCCCUGAGAGUCAAGAAUCUUUGCAGACUCGAGAGUUUACACAGGCUAAGAAACCUUCAGGCCAUGAUGACCAAGAAGACGACGUCGCCAGUCUGGGCUCUCCUGAAGACGCCACUUGCGACGAGUCUUCCCUAGGCAUCUUGACUCCGGACCAGAUGCCAGAUUUCACCGUGACGGCAUCAGCAUCCUUUGGUAGAUCACCAUCAGACGAAGACGUGGCAGCCCUGGAAGACGAGGUUUGCGACACGUCCCUCCCUGCAGAGGCAUCGGGACGGGGAGAGGCUUCUUCACGGACUACUCUGCUUCGUUGGGAUUCCGACCCCAAUGUGACAGGAGUCGAAGAGAUAUUCAAGAACGAUGUGUCCGCCAUCAUUAGAGAACUUCGCACGUCUGCGGAAGUCAGUUCUUCCAGCGGUAGCUCUCCUACUCGACCACAUCCCUCACCAGAAACAGAACAGUUCCAGCACGAUGAAGAAGAACUUGAACAACAACAGAAAAAAGAAGAUGAAGAAGAGGAGAAGAAAGCAUCUCUUAAAAAAUACAGAGAGCUUGAAAUUCUUGAGGAAGAACAAUGUCAGACGAUCUCAGAGUUAAGGGAAGUGCCAGUGAGUGUUGAUCUAACGCGGCUGCCAUCAGUGACCCGGCGCACAGUACCGUUGACAACGAGGCUGCUCCUGGCAACAACUGUUCCUGGCGAAGUUACUCCUGAUACUGAGGCUUCGUGGGGCGGCGCUGCUGCAGCUAUGACCACCAGUGCCGGCAGUCUAGACCAAGGAUACCAGGGAGAUGCAGAGUGUGAUCCACGUUCGGAAGGUGGCACUGGUACUGCCUCAUCACCUACAGAAGACGUUCGACUCUUCCAGGGAGUCAUCGAUGUGGAGCGACUUACAGAAGCGGAUGUUAGUUUGGCUGAUGAUGACGGCGAUGCGGACCACCAUGGAAAUGUAACAGCGAGGGACAGAACAGCCCGGAUCAUAGAUGGCAAGUUGUACCACAACCACAGAGAGUUAGGUCGUGCACAUGACACCACCACCUCAGAAAUGGACUCAUCCGGGUUUUACUCUGAUCUCGACCCACGAGACCGUGAUGCCGAGGACGAGAGUGCUAGAACGGACCUUGAGCCAGUCCAAGAGGCUCUGGGUAAUUCUAACCUUCAUGACUCGCUACUCGAUGACCAGAACCAUGCUUAUGAUGACAGCACUCACCACGACCACACAUUCGAUGACCACUCCCUCAAGGAUGAUUUAAUUGAGGAAAAGGAAGGAAGUUUCACUAUAGACGAGGAAGAUCGAAGCUCUGCCAGCACUUUGCGGCCUGAAUCGAAAGACUUGACAUUAAGCGACCAACAAGACCACACGCAGUCAUCCUGUGAGAUCAAGCAGAACUCUCCAUCCCCGGCAAACAACUCUUCUUCAUCGUGUGAUUCAAGAGUUUCUUCAGUAACCAGGAACAGGGAUGGAACGUCUGCACCUACCAUUGACCCCAGGCUGACAGACUCAGGGAUAUCAGUGGAAGGUGGCGAGGACGGCAUUAAGGCUCAGCCGGCCCCGAAGCCUCGUUCUUACGAAAAGCCGUGGCUGUCUCGCCCGCUGCCACCGAAAAAGAAGGAAGAACCCCGCAAGUCCCUUCCUCCUCCACCACCGAUGCCCAAGAAGAAUGUUCAGUCCAAGCUAAAGGCCCUUCUCGAGGCCCAGGAGCAGACAAGUGAGGAGACCAGGAGGCCUCGCCAGCCUCGCAAGAACCGCUGGGACGAGGUCAUGAACAAAAUCGCCGAGGGCCAGAAGGAAGAUAAAGUGAGAACUAAGGUGAAGGAGGUGAAGAGCCGUCUGAUGGAGGGGGUCAUGACGCAGGCUCAGCUCUCACCACAAGCCGAACGUAUCCGGCAGGAGAGGCGAGAACGGCGGGAACGGCGCGAGCGACAAGCAGCGAGUGCUGGUGUGGCUGCCAGGCGGGCCAGCCAAGCCAGAGGGGACAGGAAGAGAAGUUCCGCAAGCAUCCGAAGCAACCGGACCAGCAGGGCCCCGUCACUCGACUCCUUACCGACCGAUCCGGUUCGAGCCUACAGCCGGGGCUCUACACCGGAACACUCUGAGGCUUCACACAAGUCCAAUGUGGACAAGCUGGGAUCCACCUCGUCCCGCCCUGUGUCCCCAUGUCCCAGUGACGUCAGUUCCUCUGACCAAUCACACGCCUCAAAUCUGUCACGUGUGUCAUCGCGGCUGCCAAUCAGGGCCCUGCAUGUCUCUGGCCCCGCCCACUCAGGCUCCAUCACUUCCCUCUGCUCAACCGCUUCAGGCGGGGGCGGGUCCCGGGCCUCUAGAGACUCCCGCGUGCUUGGCUCCUCCCUCGUCAACACCGUCUCAGGCGAGAAGAAGCGACCCGAACCUACAAUUGGGGCGCGGCGCCCCCGCCUCGAUAACGUCAAAUCCACUAUCCCCAAGCCUGGACGGCUUCCUCCCAGGAAACUAACAGACCCGGUGAAGGCAGCGCGGCCAGGCGGGCCAACCAGCGGGCCGCGUGGACCGCUCGUGGGUCACAAUGGACCGGGCCAGCAGCAGCAGCAUCCAGUGCCGCAUGCGGACCAGCUGCGGCGCCUGGAGGCCGAGGUGGCGGCCCGGACUGCGGAAGUCAAGGCCGCACGCGCAGAGCGGGACCAGGCUGGCCGAGGCCUCGAGGCCCUUACUGUCCUCAUGCAUCACCUCACUAAUACGUACGAUCCAUUCGCCACCCCGCGACUGAAGGCAGAAGUGGUCAGACUGAGCACUCUUCUUACAGAGACCCGCCUCAGCCUAGAUGAAAGUAGUGCAGCAGUUCGGCGACUGCAGGAAGCCGAGGUGAAAAGUGCAGAAGAACACAUCCAGAAGGUGCAGCUGCUGGAGCACCAACAUCAUCACUCCCUUGAUCAACUUGCCAAGCAACACCAACAUGAAAUAUACUUGGCCCUGGAGAAACACAGGAAAGAAUUGUCCCAAUUUACUGAAGAUCAGCAGAACCAGCGUGAGGCACUGAGCAGGGCCCAUUCUGCCGAGGUAGAGCAGCUGGAGGGAGAGUGGCGCAAUAAGCUAGAUCUUCAGCAUGAGAAACAUCUGUGUGCUGUUCAAGAACUAAAUACCCAGCACACACACAAGUUGCGCGAGUUAGAAACAUCUCGCCGAGCUCGUGAACGUGAAUUAGAAGAGGCGAACUUCCGCCUGAUUCAAGACAAAGAAGCUCUAAAGAUCGAGUCGAAGAAACUAGAGGAAACCCUACUUAAUGAUACUGAUCACAGACUUCAGGCUGUACGAAAUAUGUGCUCAUCUCUCAAGAGUGAGGUGGACUCGCUCAAGACAGUGGUGGAAAUGAAGAAUGCUGAAAUUCACGACCUUCGUGGGCAAGUGAUCGAGAUGGAUAGAUUGGCAAGUGACCUGGAAGUUGCUCGAGACAGGGCCAGAGCCCUCCAAGCCAAGACUGAGGACCUCCAAGCUCAGAUGGAGAAGAAAGGGCUACAAGAAAGGCAACUUGUGAAUGAACACAGACUUUUAGUUGAAACUUACCAGAGAGAAUCCAAUGCUAACAAGCGACUCAGCUUGGAAAAUGAGGAACUGGCAUGGAAACUCCGACAACGAGAAGAGAUUAUGUCUACCUCCAUGCCUUCUUCAACUCUCGAUCUCGUGAGCCGCUCUUCAGUAGCACCACGGCGCCAAGAGGGGGCGCCCUCCCCUCAGGCUGCCCCCCGAUCACCCAGGGUAGGCGUUUGGUCUCCAUCAGGAAAAGUAUCGCCCUCCAAAUGUGACUUAAACAAGCGCAGGUCCCGGCUUGGUCUUACUCCUGUGGAUGGUAUUGACGGAGAUGAUAAAAUUCACGAGGUUUCUUUUGAAUCUCCCCCACCAUCACCAUGUGUGAAAGCUGUGGUGGAGAAGUCAAAUUCUGUCUCCUUUAUUCUAGAUCUUAAUGACUCCCAGUCUGAUGAUUAUUUUUUAGAUAUACCACCAUCACCCAGACCCCGGCCACAACGGACAGCAUCUUUGAGUGCUGUAGACAGACCACGCACUCCCACACAUGUACGAAGAGUCAUUCAUAACAAUAGAGCAAACACUAUGAAUAAAAAUGGAUUACAUAUUGAUGAUAAGCCAAAGGACAUAAAUGGGAAACAGAAGGAAAUAAAUAGAAAAGCGAGAGUGUCAAAUGAAAAGCCUAACGUUGUAAAUGGAAAAUCCCUUGAUACUAACGGUCAUGGUAGUCGGCCGGGAUCUAGGCGAACCACAUCAGAAAGCAGUGAAGGUGGCAGUGAAAUGGAUAGAAUAUCUCCUACUGGCUUGGCAUGGACUGUGCCUGUUCACACACCGAAAUCUCCUUCUAAAAUAAAUGCCUCGCGACAAAAUGGAUCGCCAGUAAGAAGCAGAAUGGAACAUCAUCUUCUGGAAGACCCAGAUGAGGACGAGUAUGAAGAAACUCCAAGUGGUACCCAUCAGUUUAUUGAAGUUGUGGAAUUGUCUGGAGUUGGACUCACAAGUAGCUCCGAGGCUGCAAGUGACUCUGAACUUUCUCAGUGUGACAUUAUAAAAGGAGAAUCGUCUACAGACUCUGACAGUGACAGUAGUGAUGGUGAGCGACAUAGUAAACAGGGCUCUUCUAACCAUCAACCUCUUGGUCGGAAAAAUGGACCAUGGUGCCCAAAGGAAGGUGCUGGUGAAGCUAUGAUAACUGAUGAACUAUUAAAACAAUAUACUGGUGACCCCCUUACUAUUGAACCACUUCCCAGCCGAGGAAAACGACCUUCUCGAAGACGCGUUUCUUCUGCACCAUCCUCGGAUUCUGAUGAUAACAAUGUAAAUCCUCACAAUGAGGGAAAUAACAUGGAUGUCAGCUGGUCUGAGGAUGUGGAUAUCACAUCUAGCUCCGAGAUGCACGAGCUGUGAUGCCGCAGCUAACCUCCUUCCUCUCGACCGACACCUGACGAACGACUGCGAACGACUAAAACACUGCCACAGCUUUCUGACUUGCCAUGAUACAAGUGAUCUCUAAGGUGGUACAAUUUCUUUUGUGCAGAUAUUGCUCCUAAUUGCCCUUGUGCAUUUCAGCUUUUGUGUUUGGUUGCUGGUUGCAAGGGCACCUUCCUGAUGGGAAUUCAAAUUGCCAAUACCAUUCACUAGAUGAAUCACUUGUUGGCCAGUUCGUGUUGUGUUUAUUUUCUAGUCAAGCUGUGCAAGCUCACAGAACAGACCUUACCAUACCCCCCCCUUCCCCAUCCAAUCCUCCUUUUUGCUGCAGUCAAGCCAAGCAGCUGAACUAUGGUGGCAAGUAGGAGUCAUUCUCCCAGUGUUCUCAUUGCCUCUGUGUAACCAUAAGCAAUAAGAACAUUAUGGAGUUUUGCCUUAAAAAACCUGUUUGUUUAGUCACUACUUGUGGCGUCCAUGUUUACGUGCAACAAUGAAAAACCUUCUUGGAGAAUGUUUGAAUUUAUAAUAGGUGCACUAUGCCUGGUUCCAUGCUGAGCAGUAUGACAACCCACUGAAUGUUACCUAAAUGAUAAUGGUUGUUUGACACUCAGCAGUUGGUUGUACAUAAUUUCCAUGUAGCUGAAAAUACAGGAUAUAUAUUAUCACUCACACUAUAGUGUAAUAUAUUUGGUAAGAGCAUGAUGUAUUUAAAAAUUCAACUAAAGAGCUUGUGCCCCUAUCAGAAGUUCGAGGUAACUAAUUUAUUUCAUGCACAAUGAAAAAAGCGCAAAGAUUGUUUAUGUAUGUUUUCAAUUUAUAUACUAUGCCAGUACAGUUUUGUUGACAAUGGCAAAACGUUGUAAAUCAAUGGACCAUGGGGCGUGUGCUCGGCUACGCUGAUGAGUGAUGUAACUCGUACAUGCCUUCAAUUUUUGCUCUGGCCAUGUACUGUGUCCUCGGCUUCUAUUAUUGUUAAUUCUUGUUAACUGAUGAACUCUUUAAUGGUCAUACUCCUUGUUAUUAUAUAGUCUUAAAUGAUCUAUUACUAAACUAUAUCAGACUUGCUGCAAGAUGACAAUAUUACCCAGAUAUAUUAUUACUUAAAGUGCCAUAAUGGCAACUGAAGGCACACACCAUGGCCAGAAUAUUUGUCUACAUAAAUCAGUUUGUGGCCGUUUCUGCAUACCAUUUGCAGGAACACACACGUCUACAUAUGCAAUGUGGUGCCAUGUGAUACCUGUUUUUCUACCAAGUGUGCAACGUGGUAACAGUGCUAGGGCUCAUUAGGUCAGUCUGCCAAGGUAAUAAGGGUUAGGUGACUGGUGUUGAAAAUUUUGUGCUUUAAGGAAAGCAAACGGAGGCUCUCUUUACUUUGUUUUGCAAAUAAGGGAGACAGCCAUGCAGUAGUUCUUUCCGAGAAACACAAAAUUGCAAAUUUCACCAAUGAUGUAGUGAAAAUAAAAUCUUCCAAUUUAUUCUUUUUAUUUUCUUUGCAGAUAGUGACCACUAUUGCCCUCACGUAUUCUUAAUGUGUCUUGGUUUAAUGAUUUAAGAGUAUUACAGCAUUGUUUAUAAUAAGUUCAAAGUCCUGAUGUGAUGUUAUUUUACAUCUAUAUUACUACCAAGCUAUUAAGUUUAAAGCCCUGAUGUGAUCUUACUGUAGGAUUUAGAAAUAAAGCAAAGCUCGAU